AGCCUAACCCUAAAAGUGAGAAUACUACUACUAAGCCUAACCCUUUUAGCUAUUCUGGCUGCAAGUGUGAUGGCUCAAACACCAUGUGGAUCAAAGACAUGUGCCCCUGGUGAAUGUUGUAGCAAAUUCGACUUCUGCGGUCGUGGGACUGAGUAUUGUGGUGCAAAUUGCAAAGCAGGCCCCUGCACAACAAAUGGUGUUUCGGUGGCUAACAUUGUGACACAACAAUUCCUCACUCAGAUAAAGAACAAGGCUGCUGCUCCAAACUGUCCCAACCAGAACUUCUACACUCGAGAGGCUUUUCUCAAUGCUCUAAACUCAUACCCUCGUUUCGCCACAACUGGCUCCCUUGAUGAUUCAAAACGUGAGAUUGCAGCCUUCUUUGCUCAUGUGACUCACGAGACUGGCUAUUUUUGCUUCAAGGAAGAAACUGGAAACCAAAAUGAAAAGUAUUGUGAUCCAAGAACUGCAUGCAACCCUAAUAAGAGAUACAAUGGGCGUGGCCCACUCCAACUGACAUGGAACUACAACUAUUUAGCAGCCGGGAAAGCUAACAACUUCGACGGGAUAAAUUCCCCUGAAACAGUGGCCAAUGAUCCUGUCAUUUCGUUUAAAGCAGCUUUGUGGUUCUGGAUGGAGAAUGUUAGUCCUGUUGUAAGCCAAGGCUUUGGAGCAACCAUUCGAAAAAUCAAUGGUGUUGUUGAAUGUGAUGGUAAAGACCGCCCCAAAGUUCAAGCUAGGGUCGACUUGUACCGCAACUAUUGCCAGCAAUUUGGUGUUGAUGCUAGAAAUAAUCUCUUCUGCUAGGUUCUUUACUUGUUGAAACUGCUUAACUAAAUAAAAGAAAGGCACAUAGAGCUUCUAAAAUAUGCUAUAUAUAAGUCACAGUAUAAUUUCUUAUAAUAUUGUAUUCCUCUGAUCAACUACUAGGAGUGAUCACUUCUAUCUACCUAAGGAAGAAAUAAAGAGCAGAUAAUUCUCACCA